AUGCCGGCACCCCGGGGAGCCGCGGGGAUGAGUCCACUGGCUCCGCCGGCAGCCGGCCACCCCUCAGUAGGGCCGGGCACUGGACACCGGCACCUCCACGGCACCGAACGAAACGCCCAGCCAGGGCCCACGCGCAUCUGCCACGAACCAGCCGCGAGAGACAAACAAGCCGCCGAACGGGAACCCCACCGACAGCGCACCGCCGGCACGUGGGGGUCUGAGCGGCCCCGACAGAAACAACACCAGAAGGCCGACAUGGACGAACCAACGGCACCAACCAAGCCCCCAGGCGGAUUCCCCCACCAAAAAACACAACAAAACCACUCCACUCCCACCGAUCACAGCAAACACAGCCGCAACGCAAAACAAAGGACAGAGCAGCAAAGCCACCCCAGCCGCGCGUCAGAAUCCGGCACAAGCAGCAAAAACAAAGCAGCACGACCCACCACGCCCCGGCCCUGCACCGCCCACGGGCCGCCGAGAGGAGGAUGGCCACACCGGUCGUGGAACCGCCCCAAACCCCGAACCACCCGCCCCCCCGCAACCAAACACCAAGCAACCCUAACCCUCCACUUCCAAACCGCCCCCGCGCAUGAUGCACCGCACUGCGCACCACCGGCACCCGUCCCAACUAAGCGAAGCCACACCCCGACUCAGGGGUUAUCCCAAAGGGGCCCUACGACGCCCGCAACCAGCCCACAACCACCAAAACCCGGCACCAAUACACGAGGCACGCCCCGACACCCUGCAGAACCGAAGCACCCGGCACCACAAAAGAACCGAUGCCCAGCGCCCAGCCCCACCCAGCAGCAGCACAGCUUCCAUCCAGCAACAGACCCCAGGGCUAGACCCGCCAGCUAA